AUGGCGUCCAAGAUAUUCUCCCUCGAAGGCAAGGGCCUGAAGCUAGACACGGCGGCCGACAUCGAGCCGCACAUUGCGCCGCUGCGGGCAAUGGACGAUGUCGAGGAGGUGCGGCUGCUGGGGAACACGCUGGGCGUGGGUGCAUGCCAGCUGCUGGGCGAGGUGCUGGCGACCAAGAAGACGCUGACCACGGCGAAUCUGGCGGACAUUUUCACGGGCCGGCUGCUCAACGAGAUCCCUGAGGCGCUGUCGUCGCUGCUGACGGCACUGCUCAACCUGCCGAAGCUGGGCACGAUCAACCUCAACGACAACGCCUUUGGCCUCAACACGCAGGCGCCGCUGGUGGCGUUCCUGGCGUCGCACGUGCCGCUGCAGCACCUGUACCUCAACAACAACGGCCUGGGCCCGCAUGCGGGCAUCCUGAUUGCCGAUGCUCUGAGCGCGCUGCACGCCAAGAAGGAGGAGGCACGCAAGGCGGAACCCAAGACAGAGGUGCCGGACCUGGAGACGGUCAUUUGCGGCCGCAACCGGCUGGAGAACGGCAGCAUGACGGCGUGGGCCAAGGCGUUCCAGCUGCACAGCAAAGUCAAGACGGUCAAGAUGGUGCAGAACGGCAUCCGCCAGGAGGGCAUCAGCCACCUGCUGAGCGCGGGCCUGCAUCACGCGACGACCAUCCGCGUGCUGGACCUGCAGGACAACACGUUUACGCUGAUGGGCGCCAAGGCACUGGCAGGCGUGGUGCCCCGGUGGACGGAGAUUGAGGAGCUGGGCAUUGGCGACUCGCUCCUGAGCGCCAAGGGCGGCGUGCUGCUGGCGGGCGCGCUCAACAAGGGCCAGAACAAGAAGCUGCAGAUCCUGCGGCUGCAGUACAAUGACAUCACGGCAGCCGGGCUCAAGGCACUGUCAGAUGCGGCCGGCAGCGGCGCGCUGCCGGUGCUGCAGAAGCUCGAGGUCAACGGAAACAAGUUCUCCGAGGAUGACGAGGCGGUGGUCAUGCUGCAGGAGCUGUUUGAGGCGCGCAAGGAGAAGCUUGGCGGCGACGUGGUGGACGAGGACGCAUGGGGUCUGGACAGCCUGAGCGACCUGGAGGAAUUGGACUCGGACGAAGAGGAGGAGGAGGAGGAGGAGGAAGAGGAGGAGGCCAAGGGCACGACGGCCGAGGAGCGCGCUGAGAAGCUGAUCAAGGAGGCGGAAGAGGCGCAGGAGGAGCCUGUGGUGCAGGUCAAGGACAAGGAUGUGGACGAGCUUGCCGACAAGCUGCAGAAGACGGACAUUUAA